CAGCGCGUGGAGGCGGGCGCGCGGAAACACAGCAGCCGUUGUGCUUAAAAGACCGUGACAGUCCGGCGCUGGGGGAGUUACAAGACGGUACGGAGCGGGACCUCCGUCUGCUCGCACGCCUUCCAGGACCCCCCGCCGUUCGGAAAGCAUGCGCUUCGACGUCCGUUCCCGCGGCGGUUGUGUUCGUGUGCCUUCGCCGGAGACCUUCAGGGAGUUCGCGUGGUUCUCGCCGUCGACGAGGGAGUGAAAUGUGUAGCCGGAGACGAGCCGCCAGUCCCCGAGGAGUUUGGAUGCGCGUUCGGUAGCCUCCAGAUGAUAGACAGGCCGUUUGUUGGCCACGGAGAAUCGGCGCCGAGGAGCACCGCGAAUGUAAACCCGAACUCGCUCCUGCGGCCACUCUCCCGUGCGUUUCGAUUUCACGCAGUGCUGUGGGGACACAGGCGAGGAUGCAGGUGAAGAAGCAGCAGCGAGACUCGGAGAGCCGGAGCGACGGGGACAUCCUGGAAGAAGAAAGCCUCUCCAAAAACCCGUCGUGUUUCUCAAAUAUCAAGAUAUUCUUGAUUUCAGAAUGCGCCCUCAUGCUGGCCCAGGGCACUGUGGGAGCAUACCUGGUGAGUGUGCUGACCACUCUGGAGCGGCGGUUCAACCUGCAAAGUGCUGACGUCGGCGUGAUAGCCAGUAGUUUUGAAAUUGGCAACCUGGCUCUGAUCCUGUUCGUCAGCUACUUUGGGGCCAGGGCGCAUCGGCCGCGUUUGAUCGGCUGCGGGGGAAUCGUCAUGGCCUUCGGGGCGUUCCUUUCUGCCCUGCCCGAGUUUCUGAUAAGUCAGUAUGAAAUAGGGAAAGACGGGAGGACUGAUGUGGGUCGGGAAAUCUGCUCAAACAGCACCAGCAUUGAGGCUCAGCAGGAGGACAUCUUGUGUACCAAAAAGGCCAACACCAACAUGAUGUACCUGCUGUUGAUCGGAGCUCAGGUCCUGCUGGGGAUCGGCGCCACGCCAGUUCAGCCUCUAGGAGUUUCCUAUAUCGAUGACCACGUCAAGAAGAAAGACUCCUCUCUCUACAUAGGAAUCCUCUUCUCCACGCUGGUGUUCGGACCCGCCUGCGGCUUCAUCCUCGGCUCCGUUUGCACUAAGUUCUACGUGGAUGCCAUCUUCAUUGACGUCGAUAAGCUGGACAUCACCCCCGAAGACCCGCGGUGGAUCGGGGCCUGGUGGGCGGGCUUCCUCCUUUGUGGUGCCUUACUGUUUUGCUCUGCCGUGCUGAUGUUCGGCUUCCCUCAGUCCCUACCCAAAAUGGAGAAAGAUGAGGGAGCAGAGAGCGAGCAGGUUAUGCUCCCAAACUCUCUCAGCUCCGACUCUGAGACUCCAAAGCCCAGUAAUGGACUGAUCCUCAGCAAUGAGGCUGACAACAGCCCCACCUGCUGUCAGCAGCUGAGAGUGAUUCCAAAGGUGACCAAGCACCUGCUCUCCAACCCGGUGUUCACCUGCAUCGUCCUGGCGGCCUGCAUGGAGAUCGCGGUGGUCGCUGGGUUUGCAGCUUUCCUGGGGAAGUACCUGGAGCAGCAGUUCAACUUCACCACCUCUUCUGCCAACCAGCUGCUAGGCAUGACAGCGAUUCCCUGUGCGUGUUUGGGGAUCUUCAUGGGGGGCCUGCUGGUGAAGAAGCUGAACCUCUCCGCUCUGGGGGCCAUCCGCAUGGCCAUGGUGGUCAACCUGAUCUCCACCGCCUGCUACGUCUCCUUCCUGUUCCUCGGCUGUGACACGGGUCCCGUGGCAGGAGUCACGGUUACCUACGGCAACGAGAUUCUGCAGGUGGGAGAGAAGCCGGAGCCUGAGUGCAUCAGUCACUGCAACUGCUUCACCUCCUACAUCAGCCCCGUGUGCGGCUCCAAUGGAGUCACCUACCUGUCCGCCUGCUUCGCCGGCUGCACACCUAAAGGCUUCUCUCCGAACCAGACGGAAUGUGGUUGCGUUCCUGCCGGAAGCGAGCCCGCCUCCGUGGUUCCGGGGAAAUGUCCCAUGGCGGGCUGUCAGGAGGUUUUCCUCAUCUUCCUGUGUGUGAUCUGCGUUUGUAGCCUGGUGGGGGCCAUGGCGCAGACUCCCUCCGUCAUCGUUCUCAUUAGGACGGUGAGUCCAGAACAGAAAUCCUACGCUCUGGGAGUGCUCUUCCUUUUGCUGCGACUCCUCGGUUUCAUCCCCCCUCCUCUGAUCUUCGGUGCUGGGAUCGACUCCACUUGCCUUUUCUGGAGCACGGUCUGCGGGAAGCAGGGCGCCUGCCUGCUGUACGACAACGUGACCUACAGGCACCUCUACGUAAGCCUCGCCAUCGUUCUGAAGGGCGUGGCCUUCCUCCUCUACUUCACUACUUGGUACUGCUUACGCAGGAACUACAAGAAGUACAUUAAAGGCCACGAGGGCCACUUAUCGGUGACUGAGUUCUACCCAUCCCUGAGCGACGGCCCCAAUGUAGCGGACAGGACCAAGUUCAUAUACAACCUGGAGAACCGCGAGUUGUGUGAAAACAUGGAGUCUGUUUUAUAAGGACUGAAUAAAGACUUCUUUAGACCGCGGAA